UGAGCCGGCCAUGCGGGUAGCCUCCAGGGUCGUCGUCCUCGUGCGAGACGUGGCGGGCUACGGCGCCGCCCUCGCCGACGCCCUCCGCCCGUCGCCGGGGCUCACCAGGGAUUCCUCGCCCUUCGAGCUCCCCCUCGCCAAGUACGGCCUGAGCGACGAGAAGGCCUCCGGCGAGCUCGUAAGCUUCUCCGACUCCACUGGCGCUCCUCAGGUGUCCUUGUUUGUUCUGCCAGACUAUAGGCCUCCUGUUGCUGCAUGUGCUAUGAACGAGAUUUUAGCAUUGAUUUCUUCUGAAGUUCCCUCCGUCCAGCCAGUUCUAAUUGUUCCAUUCAUCACAAGGCCAUCAAGCUACUACCAUGGAAUGGUCAAUUCAACAAAAACUGGACAGUUAACGACACUUCAUGCUUCUCAAAUAGGGGUAUCAAAUGAGUUUACUCACUUGUUGGUUGACGGAACUACUAAACCUCCUCCAUCAAUGCAAAUACGUAGUGAGCCAAUACUGUGUUUGCUGGAAAUGGUGCGUGUGUUGAAGAUACCCACAGUUCUUCUUGUCACAUCAGGUGGGCAGCGCCAAAGCAAAAGCUCUUCAGACUCUGACCUUGAGGUGCUGCAAUGCGUGGGUGAUCACUUGGCCAGGCACAUUAACUUGGAGUUCUCCAACGAAACUGUCAUUGAGAUGGGGGUUGAGAAAUCACAAAGCAUUCAAGAACCAUGGCGGGAACUGUAUAUGUGAUGAUUCUACAGCCCUACCGGCUCUGUGCACUUAUAGAUAGGCCCCUUCACAUUUUAGAUUGGAAUGUAUUCUGUGUAUGGUCAUGGAAUGAUGGAUGAUGUGAUUUUUGCAAGGGUUUUUGUACUAUCUAAUAUGAGCCACACAUAUUUUUCCCUUUUA